GGUUAUUUAUCAGAAGUUGGUGCAUCACUUAUUGAUCAGAAAUUAAAAUUGAAUAUUGUACCUCAAACAAAUGUUGUUGCAUUAGCUGCUCCAACAUUUAAUUAUGGACGUAUUGAUCGUGCUAAAGCACAUACCAAACGACGAAUACGUACACGUUAUCCGGAAAUUGGCAAACGUUUUCAUCGAAUUGGUUUACCACCAAAGAUUGGAAGUUUUCAAUUAUUUGUUCAUGGUUAUCAAGAUGCUAGCUAUUGGUUACGACAAUGGGAAAUACAUCGGGAGAUAUCAUCAUCGCCGUGUGCAACGAAACGAUUUCAGCACUUAUUUGAACGAAUGGUUGUGUUAGAUUAUAUUAUCCGAAAUACAGAUCGUGGCAAUGAUAACUGGUUAAUUAAAUACGAACCAGCAACUGCUGUCAUUGUUGUUCCACAAGAUCCUACACCAAGAAAAGAUACGAUAUCGGUUGAUGAAACAGCUGCUAAUGAAAAUGCUGAAAAAGUUGUACAUAAUGAUAUCGAUCAUGGCAUUGCAAAUGAAAAUGAUGUGGAAAAUCGAAUUGUUAUGGAUUUGUUAGACUGUGAUGCAGAUGUUGAAAAUUGGGAUCAAAUGGAUGAGCCGAAAAUAGAAGUAGCUGCAAUUGAUAAUGGAUUAGCUUUUCCGAUCAAACAUCCCGAUGAAUGGCGCACAUAUCCAUAUCGCUGGGCUUGGUUACCAAUGGCAAAAAAUCCGUUCAGUGAAGAAAUUGUUGAUUUGGUUCUUCCUCAACUGGAUGAUAUAAAUUUCAUGUUUGAACUUUGCAAUGACCUGAAAAAAUUAUUUCAGAAAGAUCCAGGUUUCGACAAGAAAAUGUUCGAAUUGCAGCUUAGUGUUUUAAGAGGACAAGUUUUUAAUCUUCGUGAAGCUUUACGUCUUCGAAAAUCACCUCAACAACUUGUUCAGAUGCAGCCACAACUGAUAGUAGAAGUGAAAUCAAAAAGGAAGCGACAGUUGCGUACGAUAUCACAUAACAGGCGAUCAAUGAGUACUACUGAUGGAGGUGACGAAAGUCUUACCGAUCAUCCAUCAUCAUCUAGUAUAUCAUUGUCACAAACUCAAUGGCAAAAUGUUAAACCAAAAACAUGGCCAGAAGCAUAUCAGCAAAAAGUUCAGACACGAUCAGCUUUUUUCACUUGGUGGUAA